AUGAUGUUAGUUGGAGAUGUGAAGGACCGGACAGCAAUAUUAAUAGACGAUCUUGCUGACACGUCGAAUACCAUUACCCGCGCUGCCAAACUCUUGAAGAAAGAAGGUGCAUCCAAAGUCUACGCUUUGGUGACACACGGAAUUUUGAGCGGUGACGCUAUUGACCGCAUCAAUGCCAGCUCCCUCGACAAGGUCGUGGUGACCAAUAGCGUUGAUCAGGCAGACCACUUGCGACGAUGCCCCAAGCUAGAGGUCUUGGAAAUCGGCCAUGUUUUCGCAGAGGCCAUCCGUCGCGUCCACCACGGGGAAAGUAUUAGUGCUCUUUUCCAGUACGAGUAA